AUGCAACAAGUAACAUCUAAGGGAUACUAUUUGGUCGCUGCGCACAAUGAGAACCAAGCUCGUCCCAUGGCCUCGUGCUUGCAGCACGGUGGAUGUGUGGCAACUAUCUUGAACUCAGUUGCCCACCGUGCAAAAUCUUUUGGUCGGGACCCAACUAAAUUGGGCAGGUGGGCAUAUGUACGCAUUCAAGGCAAGAAGUUUGCAAUGCUAACAUCAGACAAUCAAGUUUGCGAAGCUUCCGACGCUUCAAGGAGUAGGUUUUCUAGGGAUUUGGUUGUGGUGGCUGCGUACCAACCUAACCCUCCGGGGACCGACAAGUCUACCGUGUGGGCACAACACCGGAGUUUCUUUCGCUCCCAAGGUCGACAGCGUGAACCAAGGGAGGCCUUUAUGGUGGACCUUCUUUGA